CGCGGUGAAGUUGCUUGCUUUUUCUUUCUUUUUCCUUUCUUGGCUGUGUGUGAUGUGACUUUCUUUCGAUUCUGUUUCUGGGUGUAUUAAUUAAGCUAAACCCAAGUCUUGGAAUGGUAUUGUAUAGUUGAAGGCUAUUGAAGGAGCAAGCCGAGGAGAGAGCAAGUAAUGGCCCCGAGGAAGAGGCUACCGGGAGUAGACGAUGAAUUGCAGAAGAUUCUGGAUGCUAAAAUGGAUCAAGUUCCCUCUAGAAGAAGGGCUCGUGAGGCCUUCAAGGAUAUUCAGCUUGGAAUUGAUCAUAUAUUGUUUAAGUCAUAUGAGGUGAACUCAAGGGGUAUAGAAAUCUUUACUAAAAGUUGGCUUCCUAAGGCAUCUAAGCCAAAGGCAACAGUGUUCUAUUGUCAUGGCUAUGGAGACACUUGCACUUUUUUCUUUGAAGGAAUAGCUAGAAAGCUAGCAUUAUCUGGUUUUGGAGUUUUUGCUAUGGAUUAUCCAGGCUUUGGUCUUUCAGAAGGUCUUCAUUGCCAUAUCCCUAGUUUCAACAGGCUUGUUGAUGAUGUCAUUGAGCACUAUUCGAAAGUCAAAGAAAACCCAGAGUUCCGUUCUCUUCGAAGCUUCCUUUUUGGACAGUCUAUGGGUGGAGCCGUUGCUCUAAAGAUACACCUGAAACAGCCUAUGGCAUGGGACGGUGCCAUUCUUGUUGCACCUAUGUGCAAAAUUGCAGAUGAUAUGGUUCCACCAUGGUUGCUCACUCAGAUUUUGAUUGGCAUGUCUUAUAUCCUUCCAAAGAGUAAGUUAGUUCCACAAAAGGAUCUAGCUGAGGCAGCAUUUAGAGAUGUGAAGAAGAGAGAACUGACAGCGUAUAAUGUUGUUGCCUACAAAGAUAAACCACGCUUGCAGACUGCAGCAGAGAUGCUUAAAACUACUCAAGAAAUAGAACAGCACUUGGAAGAAGUUUCUUUGCCAUUGUUAAUUCUUCAUGGGGAAGCUGAUAUUGUGACCGAUCCUUCUGUGAGCAAAGCGUUGUAUGAGAAAGCGAGCAGUUCAGACAAGACACUCAAACUUUACAAGGAUGCUUACCAUUCUCUUCUUGAGGGUGAGCCUGAUGAUAUCAUAAUUCAAGUUUUCAAUGACAUCGUUUCUUGGCUUGACCAGCACUGCUCAUAAAAUCUUCAUCUUCAUCCAUUUCUCUUUGUAUCUCUUGAUGCAAUGGUAAAUAAUUACCCAUUUGGAAUGGGAGCAUUAUAAUUUUCUCAGGUCCUUGGAAAUCUGUAUAUAUGAAAAACUCGGAUGUGAUCAAAAAGAGAGGGAAAAGAGAGAGGAAAAUUAAAGAACAAGAGGUUGGCAUGGUGUGAGAUGAAGUAUAAUGCCAAUUAUUACAGCUUGUUUUAUGACGGUUAUUAGAUCGUAUUUGAUGGGAUAGUGGUCUUACGUUUGUAUCUUUACGUGGGAAAAAAAAAAAAAGAUUAUGGGUUGUGCGUUACAUAGGAUUUGAAGUGGAGUUAUAGUACAUAUGAAUAAUGCCUUUUAUUGUAUACUUAUGGUGGGAGAAACAAUAAAAGCCUAUCUGACAGUUCUUAUGAAAAUUUCCUUAACCCUUUCCUUUG